AAAACUAGGUUGCUGCUGGAAGAGGUGUUAGUGAGGCCAGCAGGGGGUGCUCACCCUGUGGUCUGUGUGGGUCCUAAUGCCCCAGUAUAGUGAUGGGCACACUUUACUGUCAAAAAAGCACCGUCCUUCAGAUGAGACGUUAAACCGAGGUCCUGACUUUCUGUGGUCAUUAAAAAUCCCAGGAUGUCUUUCGAAAAGAGUAGAGGUGUGACCUUGGCAACCUGGCCAAAUUCACCCACUGGCCUCUGACCAUCAUGGCCUCCUAACAAUCCUUAUAUCUACUGAUUGAUUUCAUCACUCUGUCCCCUCUCCACCAAUAAGCUGUUGUUUGGUGGGCGUUCUGGUGCACUAUGGCUGCUGUUGCAUCAUCCAGGUGGAUGCUGCACACUGGUGUUGGAUGAGGUGAUACUCCCUCACAAUGUAGAGCGCUUUGAGUGCUUAGAAAAGCAGAAAAGCCCUAUAUAAAUGUAAUGAAUUAUUAUUUAUUAUUAUUAAGUCCACUCCCAAAAGCCUCAGCACCAUCUAAAGAUUCCACCUCCAUUCCAUAAUACAUGACACGGUGAUAAGAAGCAAUUUAAACACUGCAUGCAUCUUUCAAGUCUACUGUCAGAAACCAGUCCAUCUUGACAUUAUUGAUUGUAACUACCUUAGAGAGUGUCUCUAUGAUAUGACAUUACACACAGAUUGCCCGUGAGUAUAAAUAGGUGCCUGAAUUAUACGUCAUCAACUCUUAUGUCUGAAAAAGGCACACAGGCAAGUCUGAGGCAUGGCAUAAUUGCAUUCCCUUUCUCAUUGUGUGCAGAGCACAAACAGCCGGACCUGCUGCCACAUAUGACUUGCUAAUUAUCCGUGAGGUGAUUGACAAGGCAUAUGGGGCAGCGGGUCAAGCUUAGACAGCAAGACUGGAGCCUUCAAAGAGGAUGCCUCACUCUGCAAAAGAUAGUUAGCCAGCAAAUCUUCACAUAUCCUCGCUCGUACAGUCCUUACACAUUUGCACAACUGGAAUGUUGGAAAGUAAAAAAUGUGAGCCACUACAUCCAAAAAUACCCCACGUGUGGGGCUGACAGAAGGAGAGGGCCAAUGAUCACUGUUUCCUCCCAAAUAGAUUAAAAAGUAUCUAGGUUAGCAUCCAGGUUUAUGAAGAGGAUAUACAGCCUUAUUGCCCUUUAAAAUCUGGUAUAAAUGUGUAGACUUUUAGUUUGCUUAAGGGACAUAAACAGUUGAAUGGAUGAAAAUUUCCAACAGCUAUUGACAGAUGAUGACACCAUUUUUGUACUUUUUGUACUUACCGAAUUGUAAGAGACUGUUUCAUGUCUGAUGAUUGUGUCAUCUAAAUUAAUAUACUGUUUGUACAAGAAGCACAAAAGGCUAAGAAUCAAGACAAAAUGAAUCCAAUGCUAAUUUAUUUAGUUUUUCUAUCUCUUCACCAGGUGCGGUCUUUGUAUUAUCCAGCCUGCUAUUAUUACAAACAGUCUCCUCUUGCCCCAAGGAGUGUUCAUGUGACACUCAUGCCAAAGUGGUGGACUGCCGAGGACGAGGAUUAUAUGAUAUCCCACAUAAACUUCAUCAAGACACCCUGGAGCUGUAUCUUCAAAAUAACCGUCUGCGAGGCCUGGGCUCCAUGUCCUUUCGAGAGACACCACAACUUCAAAUUCUGGACCUAGCAAACAAUACAAUCACAACGCUUUCCCCAAGUUCCCUUUUGGGACUUAAAAGCUUAAAGGUCCUCAGCUUGGCCAAUAACUCUAUUCGGGAAGUUGAUCGACGCCUUCUGGUUUCAAUAAGAAAUCUAACCAUAUUGGACUUGUCCUUUAACACCAUAGGUGGUCUACCAGGAGCUCUUGCUGAUAGUUUCCACUUUCUGACCCAUCUGUCACUCCAUUACAAUCGGCUAACUAAGCUGGACCGCAUACACCUUGAGGCUCUUGGUAAACUUAAAGUUCUGCAGCUGAAGGGCAAUCCUUGGAGAUGUGACUGUCAUCUGAUAGGACUCAAACUAUGGUUGGAGACAUUUGCAUUCAAAGGUGGAGUGGUCGACAGCGUCACAUGUGUCCAGCCUCAUCUCAUGCUGGAACGAGACCUCCGGCACAUUCCCUAUGAACUUUUCCACUCCUGCAUGAUCACCAGCUACAGCUACCUGUUCGCCAACAUCCACUACCUGGACAAUAAGCAUCGCAUGCUCAGCGGACAACUCCAUCCAAGCCCCAGAUCACCAUCCGGGGGUGAUUUCAGCCCCUCAGGAGAAGCGAUAUUCCCUGAGUGUGAGGCCAAGCAGAGAACCCGGCCUGUGAACUACAGACACGCUAUAGCCACAGUGGUCAUCACAGGAGUAGUUUGUGGAAUUGUGUGCUUGAUGAUGUUGGCAGCAGCUGUCUAUGGAUGUGCAUAUGCAGCAAUUAAUGCCAAGUACCAGAGGGAGCUGAAGAAAAAAGCAAAAGAGGCGGGUUCAGGAGAUGAGCGGAAAAAUAUUGAAAGAGAGGAGCACAAGGAACCUCUGGAGUAGCGCGAAGAUCAGCAUCAUAUGAUGUACAUGAAGCGCAAAUACACAUCAAGGAUACACUCCAGAUUAUUCACAUACUGUUGUGCAUCUACAAAGUUCCUUUUAGGGCAAGUCUGUGUACUUGGCACCCAUAUUGGCAAUGCCCCUGGGCAGCUAUUUUAUAAUUAUGCAGAUACAGGUCCUACCUGAAAGAGGAAACACGUAAAUCUCCAUCAAGUUUUUAUUUCAAAAGCACAUUUCUAUUUGAUCAUAUAUAGAGUAUACAGUGUACAUACAUACAUACAUACAU